UUCCCCCUGGGAGGCACCCACCCUCGCUACCUGUACCUGGCCAGUAACCACAGCAACAAGUGGGGUCACCCGAGGGGCUACCGCAUCCAGACGCUCAGCUUUGCUGGGGAGCCAUUGCCCCAGAGCAGCUCCAUGGAGAGAGCCUUGAGCUGGGGGAGGUACCAACUGGCCGUGACCCGGCGGAAGGAGGAGGAACCCAGUAGCACCAGCAUCUACAAUCAGAAUGACCCUUGGACCCCCACUGUGGAUUUCACUGACUUCAUCAACAAUGAGACCAUUGCUGGAAAGGUCAGUUGACCAUGGGAGGGCCAAGG